UUUCCCCUCAAUGGACUCGUGCCUCCAGUGACCAAAGACUUGACCACUCAAAGUCCAGUUCCCCGUAACUGCUAGACAUGGACACCGGUGUGACUGAAGGUGGAUUAAAUGUCACUCUCACCAUCAGGCUACUUAUGGAAGUUGGCGGUAUCGUCAGAAAGAAAGGAGACUCUGUUAAGAAGAUGCGCGAGGAGAGUGGUGCACAUACCAACAUCUCAGAAGGGAAUUGUCCUGAGAGAAUUAUCACUUUGGCUGGACCGACUAAUGCCAUCUUCAAAGCCUUUGCUAUGAUCAUUGACAAACUGGAAGAGGACAUAAGCUGCUCUAUGACCAAUAGCACAGCUGCCAGUAGACCCCCGGUUACCUUACGGCUGGUGGUUCCUGCUAGUCAGUGUGGCUCUCUCAUUGGAAAAGGUGGUUGCAAGAUCAAGGAAAUAAGAGAGAGUACAGGGGUUCAGGUCCAGGUGGCAGGGGAUAUGCUCCCCAACUCAAGUGAGUGGGCAAUCACUAUUGCUAGCAUUCUACAAUCCAUCAUUGAGUGUGUCAAACAGAUCUGCGUGGUUAUGUUGGAGACUCAGCCCCGCCCCCCCCCCCCCGCCCCCUCACCCCCCAAGGGCGUGACCAUCCCAUACCGGCCCAAGCCCUCCAGUUCUCCAGUCAUCUUUGCAGGUGGUCAGGACAGGUACAGCAUAGGCAGCAACAGUGCGAGCUUUCCCCACACCACCCUGUCCAUGUGCCUCAACCCUGACCUGGAGGGACCAUCUCUAGAGACCUAUACCAUUCAAGGACAGUAUGCCAUUCCACAGCCAGAUUUGACCAAGCUGCACCAGUUGGCAAUGCAACAGUUUCAUUUUCCUAUGACCUGUGGCAACACCGGAUAGGGCAUUGAAGCAGGUUCGGAUGCAACUGCUCAAACUACUUCUCAUGAACUCGAUCCAAAUGAUUUGAUUGGCUGCAUAAUUGGGCGUCAGGGCGCCAAAAUCAGUGAGAUCCAUCAGAUGUCUCGGGCGCAGAUCAAAAUUGCAAACCCAGUGGAAGGAUCUACUAAUCGGCAGGUUAUCAUCACCGGACCUGCUGCCAGCAUUAGCCUGGCUCAGUAUCUAAUCAAUGUCAGGCUUUCCCCGGAGACAGGUGGCAUGGGGAGCAGCUAG